AUGGCUAGUAAUGAAGAAAUUACCGGGCCCAUUUCCCAGGAGGAUGUAGAGGCAGCGGAUAAAUUGAAAAACGAAGCCAAUGAAUACUUUAAAAAACAAAGUUACAAUAAUGCAAUCGAGUUGUAUACUAAAGCAAUAGAAAAGAACCCGAAGAAUGCUGUUUUCUUCGCUAAUAGAAGUAUAGCUAACUUGAGGCUGGAGAACUUUGGUUAUGCUCUAAGCGACGCGUCGAAGGCAAUAGAAUUGGACAGGUCUUACACGAAGGCGUAUUACAGGCGAGCUGCGGCUUACAUGUCACUAGGAAAGUACAAACUAGCGCUUAAGGAUUUUGAAUAUGUGACCAAAGUCAGGCCAAAUGACCAAGAUGCAAAAAUGAAGUACACUGAAUGCAAUAAGAUAGUUAAGAAGAUUGCUUUUGAAAAGGCCAUCUCCGUUGAUAAGAAGGAGGUCAAUAUAGCUGAUUCCAUCAAUUUAGAUGCCAUGACCAUUGAAGAUGAAUAUGUUGGUCCAGCACUCGAGGAUGGGAAAGUAACCCUCAAGUUUGUCACUGAACUUAUGGAGUUUUACAAACGACAGAAGAAACUACAUAAGAAAUAUGCUUACAAGAUACUGAUUGAUGUAAAAGCAUAUUUGCAAAAGCAGCCAUCUCUCGUUGAUAUUAAGGUCGCAGAUGAAGCCAAGUUUACAGUUUGUGGAGACAUCCAUGGCCAGUACUAUGACCUGAUGAACAUAUUCAAGUUGAAUGGUCUUCCAUCAGAGACCAACCCUUACCUGUUCAAUGGUGACUUUGUAGACCGAGGUUCCUUCAGUGUGGAAUGCAUUUUCACACUGUUCAGCUUUAAGUUGUUAUACCCUAACCACUUCUACAUGUCCAGAGGUAACCAUGAGACUUUAGAUAUGAACCGCAUGUAUGGGUUCCGAGGUGAGGUUUCAUCCAAGUACACCUCACAGAUGGCUGAUCUUUUCACUGAGGUGUACAACUGGCUGCCCUUAGCUCACUGUAUCAAUAGCCGAGUGUUGGUGAUGCACGGAGGUCUCUUCUCCAAGGAUGACAUCACGCUCGACGAUAUAAGGAAGGUGGAUAGGAAUAAGCAGCCGCCGGAAGACGGUAUAAUGUGUGAGCUGUUGUGGUCGGACCCUCAGCCGAUGUUAGGGCGCGCGCCGUCCAAGCGCGGCGUGGGCUGCCAGUUCGGGCCUGACGUCACCAACACUUUCUUGCAACGUAAUGGACUGGACUACGUGAUACGCAGCCACGAAGUCAAGAACGACGGCUAUGAAAUAGCUCAUGAUGGCAAAUGCAUUACUGUGUUUUCAGCGCCUAAUUACUGUGAUACAAUGGGUAACCUUGGUGCUUUCAUCACAAUGAAUGGCAAAGACUUGAAACCGAACUUUACUACUUAUGAAGCUGUGCCACAUCCGGAUGUGAAGCCGAUGGCGUACGCGAAUUCGUUCUUCAACAUGCUGUGCCAAUGA